UUAUGCUUUUAAAGCCUAGCUGGAAGGGUAGCAAAAGAUGCAUUGAAAUAAUCAAUAAUACAGUUGCUUAUGUGGCCCUUCUCAGUCAAGCAUUCCUCUCCUUUCUCCGCUCAGGUGAACAGCAGCAUGUUUGUUUCGCCAGCCCCUCCUCCUCAUCCUCCUGCUGCUCCUCCGUCGUGCUGCUUUGGCCCCCAUCCCCCUCCCAUUGGCUGCCAGCCGUCUAAACAGCUCCAGCUGCAAUCACCACCGCCGCUGCUGCUGCAACUAGCUGCCGGCUAUUUGAUCACCCCCAUCCCGCACAGCCUCUGCCUUCGCCGGUCUGCAAGCUCACGGACCUCUGCCAACACAUCCAUUAUGACGGGCGUCGCGGCUGCCUCCUUCUUCUCCAACGUUUGCCGGUUUGGCGGUUGCGGGCUGCAUUUUGAGUCCCUGGGCGAGCUCAUCGUUCACAUCGAAGAUAACCACAUCGACACAGAUCCCAGAGUUUUGGAGAGGCAGGAGCUGCAGCAGCCCACAUAUGUUGCUCUGAGCUACAUUAAUAGGUUCAUGACUGAAGCAGCACGCAGAGAGCAAGAAACUCAGAAGAAGAAGGUCCAACCCAAAAUUGCAAUAUCAGUCACUGGAGGUGUAUCGCGUAACAGUACGGCCACGCCUCCUCGGCAUAGCAACGGCAGCCUAACUCCACCCGUCACCCCUCCCAUCACGCCCUCAUCCUCUUUCCGCAGCAGCACACCCACAGGCAGUGAGUGUGAUGAGGAGGAGGUGGAGUAUGAAGACUCUGACAGUGACGAGUCCUGGACUACAGAAAGUGCCAUCAGCUCAGAGUCCAUCCUUAGCUCCAUGUGCAUGAAUGGAGGCGAUGAGAAACCCUUCGCAUGCCCUGUUCCAGGAUGCAAGAAAAGAUACAAGAAUGUGAAUGGUAUUAAGUACCAUGCUAAAAAUGGGCACAGGACGCAGAUCCGUGUGAGAAAGCCCUUCAAGUGUCGCUGUGGGAAAAGCUAUAAAACCUCUCAAGGCCUUAGACAUCACACCAUCAACUUCCACCCACCGCUGUGAUACACACACCAUCCUUUCAUUUACAUUUCUGGAUCAUAUGUAAACUGGGAUUCAAAUGCUGGUUUCAUUUUUUUACUACUUUUUUUCUCUUUAUUUGUGUGAUUUUAUAUAUACUGUACAUGUAGAUAUACUUGUACAUUUGCACAUUCCAUGUAUAUAAUUUCUUUACUGCUUUUUAAGAUAUACUUUAUUUUUCAUUUUUCUUUUCUUUUUUAUUUAAGUGACAGUCACUGAUAAAUGAAAAUUACUGUGCUGAAGAUUAGGACACGGCAUAAACAUUUGUUUCUGAUUUUAAAGUCUGUUCAGAGAAAAUGGUUUAAAAUCAGAAAAGAAGAGUUAAGAAAUUCUAGGCAAUUUCUUUUUGUUCAUCAAAC